GAAAGGAAAAGUAGGAGAGAAAAAAAUAAAAGAGGAGCAGUUGGUGCUGGUUUUCCAACUUCAAUGGACGUUAAUGGGGCAGUAAUGUAAAUUCGGAAACCUCAAAACUACAACUAUAAUGGCGACCGACGAGCUACAACUUUAAGACUGAUGAAGAAGGAAGAACGAGAGGGAAACAUGCGUCAAGGAAAGGUUGGAAUGGAAACUGGGUCGACUUCAGAUUCGCUGGAUAAGGUUGAGGGACAAAGGGGUAGGGGGAACAAGCUUGGUUCUAUGCUACCCAAUAUCGAGCCGUUUGUGCCGAGGAGAGAACACAGUCCGAAUGAAUUGAGAUCUUGGGCGAAAAGAACUGGGUUCGUUUCUGACUAUUCUGGAGAAACCGGUGUUAGUUCAGAGAGUUAUGAGAUUGAUAGAGAGAGGGGUGGUUUUGAUCCGAAAGGAGGUGGGUUGUCUCCCAAAAUUGAGAUUGACCCUAUUCUGGGACGAAGCAGACCCAAUAGAGGAGCAGAAAUUGAACAGGAAUUGGGUUCUGGGUCUGGGCAGGGGCAUGGAUUGAGGAGGAAUGAGGGUGAUGCGGUUUUGUGGAAUCAGAGGAGAGUUGGAGAUGAGAAUGUGCGGGAGGACAAAGUUGAUGAGAGGAAAGUUGGAUUAAAUGGGAAUGUGAAUGGAAUGGAAAAUAGGGAGGGAAUUAUGAAUGGGAUUGGAAAUGGACGUGGGAAUGGGAACGUAAAUGGAAUGCCAACUGUAAUGCCUACUGCUGAACAGAAAAAUGAGGAUGCCAAGGGGGAAAGGGAUGUGGAAAUUGACAUGUAUCCGGGAGGAGAAGAACCUGUUUGUGAGGGAUGGACUGGACAGUCAGGAAUGAAGGUUGGGCUGAGAGAUAAUCCAGGUUUUGCACCACUUAUGUAUUAUGGCCUGCAGCAAUUCUUAUCUCUGGCUGGAUCACUUGUAUUCAUACCCUUGAUAAUGGUCCCAGCCAUGGGUGGAACAGAUAAAGAUACAGCUGCCGUGAUUUCUACAAUGCUGCUAAUUUCUGGCAUUACAACAAUACUGCACUCUUACUUUGGAACUCGACUUCCAUUGGUUCAAGGAAGCUCAUUUGUAUACUUGGCUCCAGCUUUAGUUGUUAUGAAUGCUCGGGAGUAUAGGAAUCUCACAGAACAUAAAUUUAGGCACAUAAUGAGGGAACUGCAAGGAGCUAUCAUUGUUGCUUCUAUAUUCCAAAGCAUCUUAGGGUUCAGUGGUUUGAUGUCUCUUCUAUUGAGAUUAAUUAAUCCAGUUGUUGUUGCACCAACUGUUGCUGCAGUAGGUUUAGCGUUCUUUAGUUAUGGUUUUCCACAAGCUGGCAGUUGUGUUGAGAUCAGUAUACCACUCAUAUUGUUGGUUUUGAUAUUUACCCUAUAUCUUCGAGGAAUAUCCAUUUUUGGGCAUCGCUUAUUCCGAAUAUAUGCGGUUCCCCUGAGUGUCAUGAUUACAUGGAUAUAUGCGUUCUUUUUAACAGCUGGUGGUGCAUAUAAUUAUGAAGGUUGCAAUCCAGACAUUCCCAGUUCAAACAUUUUAGUUGAUGAAUGUAGGAAACAUGCAUAUACAAUGGAGCACUGCAGGACUGAUGUUUCAAAUGCAUGGAGCACUGCUGCUUGGGUUAGAGUUCCAUAUCCAUUACAGUGGGGUGUUCCUAUCUUCCAUUUAAGAACAUCCAUGAUCAUGAUCAUUGUGUCACUAGUUGCAUCAGUGGAUUCCGUUGGGACAUAUCACUCUGCAUCCAUGCUGGUCAAUUCAAGGCCUCCAACUCGUGGAAUUGUCAGCAGAGGAAUUGCAGUGGAAGGUUUCUGUAGCCUUUUGGCUGGACUUUGGGGUUCAGGCACUGGUUCAACAACCUUGACUGAAAAUGUGCAUACCAUCAACAUAACAAAGGUGGCAAACCGAAGAGCCGUGGUUUUUGGAGCACUUUUCUUGAUCCUCUGCUCAUUUGUAGGUAAAUCAGCAUGACAUAGUGAGAAAUAAUCCAAUAUCAUUUUAAAAUGCAAAUCCAUGGGUAUGUUUUAUUUAGCCUGUUCGGUCUUCUACAUAUUUAAUAUGGAUGUGCUUAUUAUAUAUAUUAGAUUAAGCAUCCUAUUGGAUGGUAUAUAUCUAAAAACCCUUGAACUCUGCAUUGGCAUUUUGGAUUAGAUGAAAGGUAGUAUAAUAUGUAUUUUACAAAAUGGAACUAAUAUACACCCAAGGUGCAUAAAAUGUUUUGUUAAAACUGAAUCGUUUUGAACUGAAUUUCAUCAUAACCAACCUUUCGGGCUUGAUCCCUGCCAUAAGGUUCUGUCAUGUGGUUAUUAAUAUGCACUGUUUGGAUAAUGGACAUGCCAUUCUGGAACAUAUUUUGCCUGUGGUUCCUAUCAUGAGGCAGAUAUCAUCUUGAUUUCUUCACUUUUACUUGACAGGGAAAGUGGGUGCCAUCCUUGCUUCAAUACCGCUGGCCAUGGCUGCUGCCAUAUUGUGCUUCAUGUGGGCUCUCACUGUGGCCUUUGGUCUUGCAAAUUUGCAUUAUAGUCAGGCUACAAGUUUUAGGAAUGUAAUCAUAGUGGGGAUUUCAUUGUUUCUUGGUCUGUCCAUCCCUGCCUAUUUUCAACAGUUCCAUUCUGAGACGAGCUUGAUACUUCCAAGUUAUUUUGUUCCUUAUGCAGCUGCAUCAGAUGGACCAGUCCACACGGGUAGUCCACAAGUAAGUUAUUCUUCCAUA